AGUAAUGCUUAAGACACAUUAAGUUAAGUGAUUUCUUGUAAUUGUAUUUGUCAAUUUGUAUAAUUCUUUUUAUCAUUAUGCAUGUAUCAAGCACUUGGAUUAGAUGGCAUUUAACUUAACCAGGAUUUAAAAAAAACAAAACAUUUUUGUUAAUUUUGUUAAUUCUUUUGCAACUUUUCAGCUAUUGGGAAAUACACAUCAUAUGGCCUAAUGUUAUUUUAGAUAUUAUAUGUCUAUGGUUAUUUUAGAUAUCUUAUCUUGAAAUUAAUUGGAAUAUUUGAGUUGGUUUACUUUACAGUAAUUGUGAUAUUUAUAUAUUUUUUAUAUACAGAAAAAUAAAUACCCUGGAAAUCUAUGUGUCCCUGUUAGAAAUAAUUAUAGACAGGUGUUGUAGGAACUGGGCAGACUUUUCAAUGAUUUUGGUGGCUUCUAACUUUAUUGAACUGCUCCAAGCCACCUUGCUCCGCAAUCGAGCUACAAAGAAAGACCAACAUUGCAGGUGUGGUGGAUCAUGUAUGGUGCAUGUAGGAUCCAUAGAUUGGAUGGUUCUCCCUUGAGGCAUCAUGCGGGAUCAUGAGGCGCGGUAAUGUUUGCUGUUACUGGUGCUCCCCGCCACACUGAGGCGCUGGCGAGUCCGCGUGAGAAACCAACGACGAACGAGACAUUGAAACCAAAACAAAGUCCGCCAACAUUCUACUGGACUGGGGAUGUAACGAAUGUAAGUUAUCAUAAUCACGUAGAAGCGUUUCAUUGUCCUGUACGUUGACGCCUGACGGUAUUACCACUUGUUUUAAAACACGGAGACCGUAAUAGCAUCCCCGUUCAAUUGAAGUGCCUACUACACUGUUAUGUUCGCACCGCAGCGCCCAUACUGAGGUUUAUUUUAUAUGUAAAACAAUUGGAUGCGGCGUUCUUCAUGUGUUAUACGAGUUAGAUGUCUAUAUAUGCGCCAAUCUCGAAACAAGCAAGCAAGGACACAAUUCUCACAGAAAAGCUACGGCUAGUCUUUACCUAGCUAUAUGACUGACCUUAUUUAGCCAAAUUAUGGUCUGUACCAUGGAUGUAUAUGGCCGUGCACAUGUGAGCAUAUGCGAAUGUGUAUUGAUUUAGGUUCCUGGAGCUUGGCACGUACAGUAAGCAUCCCUGUAAUGUUAUAAUUUUUCCCCAUGAAUGCCGUUAUAUUCAACGAAGAUUAUAUUCAAUACGUUACUGUGCUAAGUAAGUGUUAUUGGUUAUUGUCUUAUCAGGCUGUAGAUUAGUGUAGAAGGGUUAUCCCUAGCUAGCCAUAAGUCAUUACAAUGGAAACAAUAAGCGUUGGAUAAUCUUUUAAUACACAUACAAUUUGUAUACCUAUUCCAGGGAUGGGCAACUUUCAUGAUAAAGAGGGCCACAAUUCUUCAUCAUCACCAUCAGAGGGCAAUGUGACUGUGCACUUCAACUAGACGUAAACUGAGAGAAGCUACACAUUUUUGAAUUUGUUGGAUAUGAUUUCCUGUAUUCUGGUGCAUUUUGGGGAUGGCCACUACCUACAAAAUCUUCCAGAUUCAUAACCUAUGUAUAGUAUGUUGAUUGAACCAACAUACCUUCAUUUCAUGUUUUCCAUGCUCAAACAGCCACAUGAUUGGUUAGUAUUUCGAUCAGUGCAAAGGGCUCACAUACAUCAUCAUUCAAUGAUGUCACAAAACUGAAAAACAGUGGCCCAACAUUAAGUGCAACAACUCAAUGAACUCAAACCCAACAAGCAUGAUAUUCACUUCAGGGCAGUUGUAGGCGACUUUAGUGGAAACCUUUCAUGACUGAUACCGUUUCUAAGCAAACUAGACACAUGGGUUAGCCUUUGAAUUCUAUGAACAGAUACUCUGCUUUCCUUCUUUCUUAACCAAGUUUUCUGUAACUCGAUUUUUUUUUUGAUUAUUAUUAUUUUUUAUUCAAUAAAAACUAUGUGCGGGCCUGACUGAGUGAGGAUGUGGGCCGUAUGCGGCCCACGGGCUGCCAGUUGCCCAUCCCUGACCUAGUCCAAACCAUAAUAUAUUCAGUAUUAGUGCAUGUAUUUUUGUGUAUGUGUGUGUGUCUGUGUGUUUUAUUACAGCUUGACAGCCAUGGGACCAGAUGCUGAAACGGUCAUUAAACUAGAAUCCUCAGAUGAAGAUUGGUCCAACCCGGACGACACGCCAACUCCUGCAACGGAGACCCGCACAACCAAGAGAUCUUACUCCUGCUCUGUCUGUGGCAAGCUGUUCGACAGACCGUCAAGGCUGGAGCGCCAUGCAAGGGUGCACACACGCACUUGUAUCCGCAAGUCAAAGUGCCGCGAGGAGAGUCCCAUGCAGUUAGUAAAUCUCGCCAAGGACCAGAGUUGCCUCAACAGGCCCAGGUAUUACCCCUGCCCCGACUGCCAAAAAGUGUUCACCAGUCCGUCAAAGCGCGACAGGCACGCGCCCGUGCACCUGAAGAAGCCCAGCGGGCAAAAUGCGUGUUCGUACUGCACCAAAGUCUUCAAGAAACCCACCGGGCUCAUACGCCACGAGCGGAUGCACACGGGUGAAAAACCUUUCAUCUGCUCCGUGUGCGGAAAGGGCUUCUCCGACCCAGGACACUGCAAAGUGCACGAGAAGGGACACGCCGAGCUUCCGGAGAAGCCUCACUGCUGUAAAGACUGCGGCAGGUGCUACCAAAAGCCCUCCCAGCUCAGGCGCCACUUCCGCACGCACACAGGGGAGAAGCCGUUUGCCUGCGCCCUGUGCGACAGACGCUUCAUUCGCUCCGAGGGGCUAAAGAGACACGAGAACUUCCACAGUGGACACAGGCCGCACAAGUGCAUCGUCUGCCCAAAGGGCUUUUACACCCGCCAUGAACUCAAUACCCACAACCUGAUCCAUUCGGGGAUGAGGCCGCACGUGUGCCCCGUGUGCGGCAAGGGAUUCACGCAGCUGGGCAACAUGAAGGAGCAUGAGCGCUGCGUCCACAGGAAGACGGAUCUUUACAAAUGCGCAAAGUGCAGGGCGUCGUUCACGCACAGCCAGACGUUGAAAAAUCAUCAGCGCACACACACAGGCGAGAAGCCCUACCUGUGUGUCACUUGUGGCCAGCGGUUCGCAUGGAGCCGUUGCCUCAGUAGACACCAGAAGACACAUGUGCACAUUCAGAAGGACCUGGAGGCCAAAGAAACGCUCCUGGCCCCGGAGAUCUUGGAGACAUCUUCUGUCACCGAUCACAGCAGCCAGACGCUCAGUGAAAUAGAAAAAAAAAACUGAUUGCAUGAAUUGACGAAAUUCGUUACAGUUGGGUGUCCAAUAGACUUUGGCUGGGUUCUCUGUUGUAUGAAAAACAUGAAUAUAAAACUGCAAUUGCCGCACAGGAGACUUAAAUAAAUGGAGACAUCUCCUUUAUUCCCUUGUUGUGUGGCCGGCUGACACGUUUGUCUUUUUUAAAGCCUGACGAUUGCAUUAUUUUUUGUUUUUCUUAUGCUUUAUGUAAAGGUUAACGGUGUUGUCCCAUCACACUACCAUACGAUUUUGGAAUCAGGCUUGUGUAAUAUUAUUACGACCCUGACGUCUAGGGGAUAGAGGGUAACAAAGACAACUCAAACAGUACAGACACCGGAUUUCAAAAGUAAACAAAAGGGUUAAUUGCAAUAACAAUAUAAUAUCAAGCCCUAAGUAGAUCUAAUAAUCGAAUCUAUGUUUUAACAACAGGGUCGUCUAAUAAAGAAAUGCUUCCUUUUACUCAUGAUGGCAAUUACGGUAAUACUGAGAAUGCAAUCAUUAUCAGAAGGCAGUAGGCAUAUAUUCAUAAUAAAUGUCAUACCAAAGAAACAUUUCCAAAACUAUUCUCAGGUAACAAUAUUGAAUGGAAAGUACGCUCUUUAUGCAGAUGCUGGCAAAUCUGCAUAAUUACGUGCUCGUUCGCGGUCUGCCGUCGGUGCACGGGCCCGUCGUUGGACAAGACCAAUCAGCGAGAGCCCGGCUGCUUUGUUGCUAGGCAACAUGUGUUUGUGUCUAAAGCGAAUAGAAAAAUAAAUAAAAUCGCCGGCGGGAGCUGAACUCGGCCUUCAAACAGGAUUAAAACGUUUACAUUUAUCAGACACUCUUAACGAUGGCAGGAGAUGAUCAGGACAUCCCGCGACUUGAGCUGGAAUCUGUCAUCGGGUUCAAUGGACAUGUUCCGCGUGGUCUGAGAGUCCAUCCAGACAGAGACCACCUGAUCUAUCCCCUGGGAUGCACUGUCAUCCUGAAGAGCCUUACGGAUGGCAAACAGGAGUUCCUGCAUGGUCACACCAACAACGUGUCCUGUGUUGCGGUUUCCAAAACUGGCUGCUAUGUUGGCUCAGGACAGGUCACCUUCAUGGGCUUUAAGGCGGACAUCAUAAUAUGGGACUUUGCAAAGCGAGCCAUCUACGCCCGCCUCACGCUUCACUCUGCAAAAGUGGAGGCGCUGUCGUUCUCUCCCAACGACAUGUACCUGGUGUCCCUCGGAGGCCAAGAUGAUGGCAGUAUUGCAGUUUGGAACAUAGAGAAGAAGCUGGCUAUAUGUGGGAAUCCAGCCUCUGCUCACAAUGCUGGGCAAUGCCUCUGCCUCCAGUACUCCAACACUGAUGACAACACCUUCAUCACCGCUGGAAAUGGCACAUUGCGGCUGUGGGAACUGGACCUCCCAAACCGUAAGGUUAGACCCUCUGAGUGCCAGACAGGCAAGCUGAAGAGGAUUAUCAAAUGUAUUGAGAUAGCAGAGGAUGAUCAGUACUUCUUCUGUGGUACGACCAGCGGAGACAUAUUGAAGAUGAACAUGAAGACUGGGCUAUUGAACAGCUGUGGACCAGCCAAGCAGAAGUUCAGCCAGGGCGUGAACGUUUUGAAGAUAUUAAAAUCCCAGGAGAUCCUUGUGGGUUCCGGAGAUGGCUGCCUCACCCUCUGCUCUGGAACAACCUUUAAAACCCUCAAACGCGUGCAGCUGGAGGGAGCGGUGACCUCAAUCGCCAUGCGGGGCGAGGGCCAGCAGCUGCUGGUUGGAACGGAUGUGUCCCAGAUGUACCGCUUCAGCUACACCCACCUGGAGGAGCCGGAGCUCAUCUCCUCCAGCCACAGCAGCGCCGUCACGGCCGUGGCCAUCCCCUACGGUUCUUCAGAGUUGUUUGCCACCUGCUCCAAGGAGGACAUCAGGGUGUGGCACGUGGAUCGCUCCAAGGAGCGACUCCGCAUCACCGUUCCCAACAUGACCUGCAAUGCCCUGGACAUCAUGGUGGACGGACGGAGCAUCAUCAGUGCUUGGAACGACGGCAAGAUCCGCGUGUUCGCCCCCGAGAGUGGCCGGACCCUGCUGGUCAUCGACAACGCACACAGCAUGGGGGUGACCGCCAUCGCCGGCACCAGGGACUGCAAGAAGAUCCUGAGUGGAGGGGGAGAGGGACAGGUGCGUGUGUGGGAGCUGCAGCAGGGGGGCUGCCACCGGCUGCUGGAGACCAUGGCCGAGCACAAGGCCACCGUGACCGACAUCCAGAUCAAGAGGAACGACAAGGAGUGUGUGACGGCCAGCAGCGACGGAGCAUGCAUCAUCUGGGACCUGGUGCGCUACGUCAGGAACCAGAUCGUGCUGGCCAACACCCGGUUCCGGUGUGUUUGCUACCACCCAGAGGAAUACCAGAUCAUCACCAGUGGCACAGACAGAAAGAUCGGCUACUGGGAGGUGUACGACGGCGCGGCCAUCAGAGAGCUGGAGGGCUCCCAGUCAGGGGCCAUUAACGGCAUGCACGUCUCCCAAGACGGCCGCUACUUCAUCACGGGCGGAGACGACAAGCUGGUGAAGGUGUGGAGCUACUCGGAGGGCGAGGUGACCCACGUGGGCGCGGGCCACAGCGGCAGCAUCACCUGCGUCAGGCUGUGUGGCAGCAGCCGCACCCUAGUGACCACCAGCUCAGACGGGGCCAUCCUGCGCUGGCGGUUCCCCCACCCGCUCUCCUCCGACUAGGGGCCCGGCCGGGGCCCACCGCUCGGAGGAGGAACCCCUGGAGCCUUGAGACCACCGUGAGGCUGUGCCGCCGUCCUCUGAAUGACAGAAGCAAAGGAGCAAGUUUUAAGUGCCGUUAUGUUUAUAGGAUGAAACAUAAAAGGGAUUUACGUUUA